UCGCGCAUUUCAUUUCCACCCCUUUUCACUAGAACUCCUAUUCAAUGACAGAUUUUAUAGUUUCCUAUAUUUUUUUAUUAAAAUAGCUAUCAAAUUUUCUAGUCCAAGUGCCAUAAAAAAGAUAUAAAAGUUACAAUCGAAGCAAUUAUUCGUACGUUACCUCCAAACAAGAUAUCCUAAUGGUCUCUAACACUCAAGCUAUUGGAAUAAAUAUAGACCAACCCAGAUAUGACCAGAACACUUACGUCGGACGAGCUAAACAUUUCUUUCUCACCACCAAUCCUUUAAACAUUUUUGUUUCAAAUGAGCAAUUAGAAGAUGCCAGAACAAUUGUUCAAAAAUACAGACAUGGAGAAGGUUUACCAGUUGGUAUGACAGAAGAUCAAUUAUGGAAAGCCAAAAACUUGUAUGAUUCUGCAUUUCAUCCUGACACAGGAGAUAAAAUGAACAUAAUAGGAAGAAUGUCAGCGCAGGUGCCAAUGAAUAUGAUAAUCACUGGAGGAAUGAUUACGUUUUACAGGAGUAUACCGGCCGUUGUAUUUUGGCAAUGGCUGAAUCAAUCGUUCAACGCUUUAGUGAACUAUACCAACAGAAGUGGAGAUCUAGCACAAAGCGAUACGCAAAUACUUACAUCUUACAUCAGUGCUACAGGAGGUGCAGUAGGAACCGCUUUAGGAUUAAAUAUGUUAACAAAGAAAAUGCCAAAACUUGUUGGUCGCCUGGUACCUUUCGUAGCAGUAGCUGCAGCAAAUUGUAUCAACAUUCCAAUGAUGAGAGCACAAGAACUUAAGGAAGGCACACCUGUCUAUGACGAAGACAAUAAUAAAUUAGGAUACUCCAAAGUAGCAGCUAAGAAUGGAAUUAUUCAAGUGACAUGUAGUCGUAUUUUUAUGGCACUGCCAGGAAUGGUUGUCACACCCAUUGUGAUGAAUUCUCUGGAGAAGAAAGGAUUGUUACGUAGACAUCCAUGGAUGGUAUUGCCUACUUCUUUGGGAGCGUUGGGUUUAUGUUUGACCUUUGCAACUCCUCUGGCAUGCGCCUUUUUCAAGCAAAAAGCUUCCAUCUCUUUUGAUCAGUUGGAACCUGAAUUAAAAGAAAGCAUCAAAAAGCAGUCCAAAAAAAUCCCAACCGAAGUGUUCUUUAACAAAGGAUUAUAGAGAGGAAUCCUUUGUACGGAACAUAUUUAUGAAUAGUCUUUCCAUUAGAAAUGUUAAGUAGGUAUUCUGACAGAGAUGCAACUUUUAACUGUCUAUGUAUGGCAUCUGAAUAACAUAUCUAAUAUCAUGCAACUCCUUCCAUAAAAGAUACUUUAUUCUAAUGGACGAACUAUAGACCUUUUUAAUCAAUGAAGAAAUAUAUUUAACUGAAAACUUAUUUUUAUUCGGCU